UGUGGAACAGCUGUGUGAGAGACACAGCCUUGAGAAAAGGGGUGGCAAAGGAGCACAACAAAUGGGGAUUUGAUCCAACAGUACGUGGCUGUGAAACCAGCAUCGGUGACUUGCUGCUCACCUUUCCUUUGGGACAGAGUGCCAACUGUACAAAGUGAUGAUGAUGAUGAUGUGAUGAGGACCCAAGGUUCAGUGAGGCCUCCAUCAGCUAGGGACGUUCAUGGAGGACUCCAAGAUCAGCAUUCCCAUGGGGUGGGGAACAUGGGGUCAGCAAUAGGCCUGUGUUAUUCUUAUCCCCACCACACUUGGAUGCCUUGGACAGCUUCAAGCUCGGGACCCGUUGUGUGCAGGUGUCUGACAGCAGCCGUGAUUGCCAAACUGGAGAAGAGAUGAAGACGCGACUUGUGCUGAGGAUGUAAAAUGGGGAGGAGAGAGAAUGAAACCACAAAUUUGUCACAUGUUGCAAAAGUGUCUCUCUCUCUUUUUCACAUCUUCCACUGAUUAAUUAUUCUUUCCAGGCACUUAAAUGAAAAGACAGAAACACAAUUAAGUGAUCUGUGCAUAGAUGCUACUGUCAUCUCCAGAAGAAAGAAAUUAAUGCUUGAUCAGAAUAAGAAAUUUAGUAAACUCUGGCUAAUGAUACUCUCCUUCAACCUAAGAGCCACUGCUGGAAUAGGAUUCUCAAAAUCUUUCUCCUCGAAAGUCCAUGGAGUUGGAGGCAGUAUGGUGGAAACCUCAGCUAGUCGUAUCCCACAUCAAGGUGACAGGUCUUGCUCUUCCCACACUGGUUAGAGUUUGGAGAUUCCCCAAGGAAAGUCAAUCACAACUUUCUGAGAGGAAGGGCCCAGGAUAGGAUGAAAUUCUUUCUGUAUUAGACUUCAAUAUUCAAGAGAUGAGUUACUACGAGGAGACCUUAAGAAAGUGACAUUGAAAAGACAACUCAACUUGCUUGAAAAAUACAUUGUUGACAUGCAGUAGGAAAGAGCAAACUCCUGAGAUUUUGCUGAAGUGCUGCAGUGUCAGAUAACCUCCAGCACGGGGCGUGGAUGGCAGCCGAGGUGAUGUGGAAGUCAGAUAAACUGAGGCAGGAUCUCAAGUAGAUCCCUCAGGGAAGGGCCAAUUGAGUUUUCCAGGUCAACACACGAAGCUCUCAGCAUCCUUCAUUACAUAACCCGGGCAAGAGAUCCUGCAGCCUCUUGGGCGUGAGCCAGGCUGGAGAGCUGCAAUGUAGGAACCUUCCCUGGCAGGAGCAGCGGGAGAUGCAGGACUGACCUAGGAGGUAUUUCCCUGCUCAUCAAAAAGGAACAGGCACGGAGAAGCCACGGGGAGCACGGAUUGCCUUCUGUGCAGCUCGAGUGUCUCACCUUCUAUUUUUAACUGUCUCGUGGAAGCAUUUAGGAAAAGCAAUAUGAAGGAGAAAGAAUGUAAAUAUUAUGGUUUCAAGGAUAUCAGCCCCGGUCCAAGUGCAAAAAUCUGCCUUUCAGUGAAAGCUUUGAGGGGCUCCUAGUUCAAAGGAUUCCAGAGCUGUGGAGAGGCAGCUAUGCACAUUACUUUCUUCUCUAUCAGUUAGCCCUUAUUGAUGGCAGCCAAGUUAAAAUAAGGAAGAGUAUCCCUCUUAAGCAGUUCUGAGAGGAUAGAAACACUGCCAUGGGAAAGAGCAGCUACAAGUGCAGAGCAGCAAGAGGAAGAGUUGGCAUGAAUAGCUCCUAGCAAGUAAGGUAUGUGGUUCUUUUUUAUCUCUCAGCCAGGGCUUUGUCAGAGCAGAGGAGCUGAGACUGGUUAAUACUCAGACAGGCUGCUGAAGUUCCAGUCUGGUUUUCUAAUUUAGAAGUGCUACUGGCUGACAUAAAUGGUAGGAAUAAUUGUGAAUUCUAUGUGAAAAAAUCAGAUGGGAGUCGUGGAGAUUGCAGGAAUAGGUCUAAAUUAGCCCUUUAAAAGUUAGAAACAGCUUCACAAAAUAUUAUACUCUCGGUGUGAAUGUUUUGCUUAUAUGUCAAGUGAAUAUUUUUCUCACUGAUCUGUUGUUUAAGCUCACAUUAUGAUAUUUAUUUGCAAUCUAGUUCAAAUCAAGGAAACUAAAAACACUGAAGGGUAAUCAGUGAGUAGCCUUGAAAAAAACACAGGACAGAGAGACUGGACAAAGCCAGCAAGAAGAAGGGCGUUUAGUCCUUUCAGAGCCCUUCUCACCUCUGGGAAGACUGCAAGAGAAAAAGGUUGAGGGCAGAUAAUGUUAAUACAGGUUUGGGUGAAGUAUUGAUCCUGUUGUGUGGGUGGUGGUUUGUUUUGUUUUGUUUUUUUUGUUUUUCCCCACUCUGCAGUUUGAACAGAGGACCAUCAAAAACCCAACAGGAAAUCUGUAGCCAGAGAGUCCUACAGCUUCAGCACAGACUCUUAGGAGAUGUUUCCCUUCCCUCAUCCCUAGAAGCAAAGUACAGAGCUGCUCAGUGAGUCCACCCAACAUCCUGCUCCUGAAGAAGAGAUUGCUGUUUAUGAAACAGAAAGUUCAAACCUAGCAAUGAAGACACAAUUUCUGCACUGAGGAGCUGGGUGUCACCUUGAUAACACUGACAAGGAAAGGAGUAACACCUGAGACUGAGCUCUGGAUGAAAGCUCCUGUGGCUUCUACCAAGGAGUAACUAUGUGAGCGAUUUUAUUUUGCAAAGAAGGAUUCAAGUUUCUUAUUUCACCAACAAGAGGAGCUGAAGAAGAGACCAAAGCACUUCAGUGUCCACGGGCUACAGAGGGUCAUCGGCCGUAAUUCCCAUCACAUCCCUCGCAGUCACAGUUUAGAGGAGUUGGAGCUCGUGUAAGGCAAGAGAAGAGGGGCGUGGGCUGUCAAAGACUGAUCACCAGACUGACCCAGGUUCUGAAGUUUGGAAGAAACCUCAGAUGUGAAUGAGAGCGGAGCAUCCUCCAGGAGAUGGGCAUGGAUCCAUGAAAAAAGGAAGUCAAAGGAGACCCCUCUCUCAGAUUUGUCUUUCUAAGACUUUCCUGUCCCUGUGGAGAAUGGAGCUGGAUGUGGAUUUGGGAUUAUGUGGACUCCAGCACCCUCUAAUGGUGCCAGCACUAGCUCCCGUGACUGUGAGCAACCCUGUGGAGAAAGUGGCCUAUCUUGUAGUAUUCCAUAUUCUCUUUGUGCUCUUUGUGUGGACGUAUUGGAAGUCUGUUUUCACUCUCCCAAUACAACCAGCCAAAAAGUUCCACAUGUCCUACGCCGACCAGGAGCGCUACGAGAACGAGGAGAGGCCCGAGGUGCAGCGGCAGAUCCUCGCCGAGAUCGCCAGGAAGCUGCCGGUGUACACGAGGACAGGGAACGGAGGGAUUCGGUUCUGUGACAGAUGCCAGCUGAUCAAACCUGAUCGUUGUCACCAUUGCUCUGUUUGUGCCAUGUGUGUGCUAAAAAUGGAUCAUCACUGUCCAUGGGUGAAUAACUGCAUUGGAUUUUCUAACUACAAAUUCUUUCUGCUGUUCUUAGCCUAUUCUUUGUUGUAUUGCUUGUAUAUUGCUGCAACAGUCUUCAAGUAUUUCAUUAAGUAUUGGACAGGUGAGCUGACCAAUGGACGUUCCAAAUUUCACAUCCUUUUCCUUCUCUUCGUGGCAAUCAUGUUCUUUGUAAGCCUCAUGUUUCUGUUUGGCUACCACUGCUGGCUCGUCAGCAGGAACAGAUCCACUCUAGAGGCUUUCUCAGCUCCAGUGUUUCAAAAUGGGCCAGAUAAAAAUGGAUUCAAUCUUGGCUUUGUGAAGAAUCUCCAGCAAGUGUUUGGGGAAGAAAAAAAGCUCUGGUUGCUGCCUAUUGCCUCUAGCCAGGGGGAUGGACAUUUUUUCCCCAUGAGAGCCCUGAGUGAAGCUCGGAACCCUCUCCUGACAAAUGAGGAGCAGUGGGAAGAGGAUGGAAUAGAUGAAGAGCCUCAAGGUUCUGGUGAAGCCUCGUCCCUUGCCAUGGAAAGGGAGACAUAGCAGUGUGCAAGCACAGUGGUGUAAAGCUGGAGCAGAAAGCUUCCCUCUCAGGAGCCAACAUCCCUUCUCUUGGCAAGGACUUCAGUUUUGAGGGGCAGAAAACAGGUGGAUCUUCAAGAUGAGAAAACAUCCUGAAGUACUGUCUGAUGGGAAUCUGCAUUCUAGAGUGCUUCUCCAGGAAUCCUGCUGUCCAGAUGUCCCAAGGCUUUAUAAGUUUAAGUAACAGAGUUAACAGAACACUUUUACAGAGUGAUUCUGGCCAAUCUUCUUCGGCCUGCUCUCUUUAUUUUAUAAAUACUAUAUAUUUUUUAUUCAAAAUCGGUAAAGACGUUGAUGCGAGUGCAUUUCCAAAGGCCUUUUCAUUUUGCAAGUAUCAGGGACUCGAGCUCUUGAAAUUCUUCCAAGCCAUAAUAUUCUUGGGGAUGGUUAUUUAUUUUGAGGCUGAUUCUCCAACCUUUUCUGACAAGUAGCAUUUUCUAACCUGUUUAAAUUCUGAGUCAGUUCAGCCCAAUGCAAGACAGACCCAGUUAAAUCUGGCACUAAAUUGGUAGCUGAAUGUAAGAGCGUUGAAAGGAAAAGUGCUGAACAUGCACAUGUACAUGUGCAGCUGUGAGUGAAAAUAAAAUAUUCACAUUGCCAAUAUCAAGAUUCAAGAAUAUUGUGGCCAUAGAUUUUUUUUUAAAACUAUUUUUAGGAGGGUGUUAUUAGAGUUUGGGUUAUAGUGUUUUUACAUCCUACUUGCGGGCUCCUAAAAUACAAAAGGGAACUUCAGACAGUCCAGUUGGCAUUAAUUCCUAGGGCUAAAAUAUCCUCUCAUUCCUGGAUCAGUGUUUGAUGGAGAUAUGUGUGUUCAAAAGGAAGAUGUGAAUUGGAAAGGUGCACUGAGAAUGUGGCUCCAAGAGUCGUGCUUGGAGUUUACACUCCACAGGAGUGGCCUGAACCUCAAAAUGCUGAAGACACAAUUGAUAUAUUGAAUUUUUUCAGACUUCUUCUCAGCUCAGUGUGCUGGCUGGCUUCAGGGAUUUCUGCACUAAGAGGUGAUCAGAGUUGUUUCUGCAUUUUGCUGCAUUUACAGUCAAGGAGGUGUGUCCCUGGUUUUGUUCUGGGGAAUGGAGCUCAGACUUGGCUAGCCGGAUUAUGGACAUUUUUCUAGACCCGAGUCCUUCUUUUUUUUUAUCUGCAUGAUUCAGCCCAGUCCAUCAUUCUUGUUUGAAUUAGGUGCAUGCUAAAAGUCUUGGUGUACUGCCUCUAAGACCAUUUAGUACCAUUUUCUGUCCCAUUUUUGUGUUUGUUUAUCAGCCCACUGGUGUUGGCAGUGACUACAGGAGCAGCUGUGCGUGUCAGGAGGAAGGAGCUGAUGAGUGAGUUUGGUGAUGGAGGCUUUUCCUACAGACUAAACCCCUUUUCCCUCUGUUCCUCUGCUGCUGGUGCCACAGGGGAUGUGUUUGUGAGCCAGGAGAGCCCUGCUGAGGUUCUUUCCCUUCACGUUUAACUCCUGGUCGAUCCGUGGGCAGGAAUUUUGUCGCUCAGCCUCUGCAGUCUGUGUGCAGCAGGCAGUGCUGCCCUCUCUGCGAUGUCUCCCUGCUGAAUUUGCUUGGGAGGGGCCAAGGUGAGCUGGCCCAGGCUCUGUGGGGUUUGUCUCUCCUCAGGGUGGCCCUGAACACUGAAAAUGUUCCUGCUUUAGCCACCUGAGCCUCAUCUGUUGAGUGGCUCUGUCACCAAAUGGCCGCUGGGUGCUGGAAGGGUUUUUCCUGUCCACCUAAAGCUGCAUUUCUAAUGCAGCUCUGGUGUUGGACCUUGUGCUGUGUGUGAUGCAAGGUGGCAGCUGAAUUAAUCCCCUCGUUCCUGGCAAAAUGUGCUCUGGAGGGGGAGCUUGAGCGGAUGAUGGCAGCUAAACACAGCCCGAAUUUAGCACCUACAGAGGUGCUGUUUGUGCCUUUAAAAACUUGAAAUUCCUUGUAGAUAAAACCAGGAAGAUGUUUUGGUGACUGUUUCAUCCUGUCAGCUGAAGUGGAUUUACAGGAGUUUUCUGAGCAGGUUCUUGUUCCCUUCCAGGGUUUGUUUCAGGGUACAGCCCUGCAUUAUUUGAGUUGUUUCUGUGCCAGGCAGCAGCAGCAGCAGCAGAGCUGUGCAGGAGCUCCCCUGUCUGCUCCUGCUGCUGCACUGCUCGUUAGGGAAUACAGAAAAUCAGGUUCUGUCUUCUAACACUAAGCCAAAUAUCUUUAUGAUAGCACAUAGGUACCAAGCUCAGAUUGAGAAAGAGUUUAAAAUGUUUCCAAGUAACUUCUAUUUAGACACUUUUUUUUUUUUUUUUUAAUUAAUUAUGGUAAUUUCCUCCUUUUCCUUCAAGCAGCUCAGCCUCCCGUGGUUGUAACAAACUCUUGUCCAGGUAGAAACAAUAGAAAGUUUAUCACUUCAGAGCCACUUCUCAAUAUCCACACAUCAGAUGCUGGCAAGCUUCAUGAAACAUGAAACAAACCCAAAAGUGUAAAAUGAAGCAGAACAAAAUGGGAAAAACCCCCAGGUCUGAGUGAGCAGCUCCAUUUUGUUCCCUCAUGCUCACUUAAGGUGAUACCUUUAUUUCACCUCUGGCUUUUGUCCUUUUUAUGCUGAGUAAAUGCACUGGAAAGCAGAAGUUCCUCAGGAUGCUGUGUCACUGCUGCAGGUGACAGAAGUGAGAAUAUUCAGCCCCAUGUGUGGUAGUUCUUUUUAACCUACAAGUGGCUCUUCAGGGGAAACCCACUGCAGCACCUCCUUUGUUUUCCAUGCCCUGAUCCUCAUGCAGAGGCCUCCACCAUCAUCAUCAUCACUGACUGCAAGGGCUGCAUCACCAAACCUCCCUGCUACCUGCCCUGCCUGCAGCCUCCAUCCCAGCUUCCCAGGAGUGGGAUUCAUCCCACCAAGUCCCAUCCACACCAAGGAUGCUGCAGCUCUGGGAGCUGGCCAGUGAUUCCAGUUGUUCGUGUGUGUAUCUCACAGUGCCUGUGCUGGUCCCAGGGCUGAGCCCUCCCUGUGCCAGGAGCAGCCCAAGUCACCCUGUCACUCUCUGGGUGUGUGCUGUAGUUGCAGUUCCAUUCAGAACCUGGGGCAUUGUUCAGGUUUGAGUCUCAGUUCUGGUGCUGAUGUCAGUUUGUGACUGAAGGUGUUCCACUCCAGCCUGGAGCAGGGUGGAGGCAGCAAGGGAACUGCCUCAAUCCCCUCCAGGGAAUUUUCUCUGCUUAGCACUGGAUCUACACUCCAGCUUUCUCAGCUGGGAGCAACUUUUCCAAGUGAUGUCACCAUGGGAAAGGAGGGAAUGCUUUCCUUGGGCUUUGCUGUGAUGCCCCCAUUGUUAUCCCUCUACUUCUGGAUUCAUCCUCUAAAAUUUCAUAUCCUCUGAAAUAACUGACCACUUACAGCCACCUCUCCCCCUCCUCUCCCAUUUCCAUUCAGGUACAGAAACCCCCAGAGUAUUAUACUGAUGUUUCUCUGUGUGAAAUUGUCUAAGUUCAGUCCUGGGGCAGCGAGUCCUGCCCAAGGAACCAGGACUUGUGCAGCCCCCACUGCACUGCCAGGUUUCUCUUGCUGAGUUGGAAGUUUUUGGAGUAGGAUAAUGUUGUUUUCCUUCAAGCAAGGAGCAGUUCUGUAUGUUUGAGGCUGUACCCAGUGUGUGUGGGGGGCAGUCCCUGGUGAGAAUCAGGAAGCUUCCAAAUCUCACUAUGCAAUGAAUGUUUGCUUCCUGGGACAAACAGGAAUGGAUUCGGCAAAAUCCACGCCAGCUGCAGCUCUGUAGUUCUAGAUGCUGGUCUGGACUGAAAGCACAAGUUGAUGCAUAAAGUCUGUAAUAGGAUAUGAAUGUAAAAUGGCAAGGGGGGAAAAAAUACUAUUUUUUCCCUGGAUUUAGCUCUGAAGAAUGAUGUGCUGAGCAGUUACUCUGCAGUUACCCUGCUGAGCAGUUACUCUGUGCAGAGUUAUUCUGCUGAGCAGUUACUCUGCAGUUACUCUGCUGAGCAGUUACUCUGUGCAGAGCUGGUGCACUCAUGAAAGGGUUUAAUUAGCAGGGGAAGGAGCCACUGCUGACCUUGUUUAUUAAGCCACAAUUAAUUAACUCAAAAGGGUCACGUUUUCAUUUCAGUGACUCGUGUGGUACAGAUUUCUGAAAUGGAUCCAUAGUACUUGAAAAUACCUCAAUUUUGCUGAUAUUUUUCCAAUUCUGUCAGUUUCUGUUUUACUACAGAGCACUUGCAAACCUGAACUCGUUGUGACAGAUCACUGAAGGUGUUUGCUUUCCCAGCCUGCUGGCAGACCCUGCACUGGCUCUGCCUAGUGCAGCACUCCCUGCCCUGCUGCAGGGUUUUAGUCUCCUGUCCUUUUUCCGUCCCACUUUGAGUCCUCCCUCUUCAUCCUGAACAUACUGUUAGGUAUUUUCAGCUUUGAGCUGCUUGUGCUGGUUUUUUGGGUACCGUGAAGUACUUUGGGUGUCAUUUUAUGCAGUUGUGCCAUGUAUUUUAUUUGUAAUUAAUCUCUCUGUUUGUCGGUUAUUGGUUUGUGUUUCCCAUCAGCUGGCUUUGCUUAGAGCAGGAUCCCACUUCCUGCAUUUUCUCUUUCCUAAAAGCUUCAUUUUUUCAUUCUCCAGCUUCCAUUUGGGAUGUAAACCUUGUGAAAUAAAAUGUAAGUUUACAUUUCAAAUACAAGCCUGUCAGUUGCUCAUGUCUGCAUGCUCCUUAAAAUACUAUUUUUUUCUGUAUGAGGUUUUAAGGUUUACAGCAGCAUUUGUAAGACUUCAGUGGGUAGCAACCAUUGUUUAAAAAAAAAGGAAAUUUUUUAAAAAGGAGGGGGGGAAACCAUAACCCCAUAAAAAUCCAACAAAAAGGACAAAGGGAUCAUUUCUGCUUCCUAUUCCAGCUGUGCUUGGAAUGAAAUGCCUGCUUGCCUUCAGUGCAGGUGUCAGACAGCCCUGGAACACGCAGGUACCAGACCUGACGGCUUCCCUGCUGUUUCACAGCUCCCUGAAGCACUUCCUUGAGUUAAACCUCAGACUAAAUCCCACAGGAAGCCUGAAAUCCAACAAAAUCAGCCUCCCCCUCUCCUUUCUAACCCGGGGAAGGAGUGUGCAGCCUUCUCAGCACUUCCCUCUGUAAGAGAAACAGAAGCACAAAGUGAAAAGUGUUGGUCUGCUGUUUCCCCCCCACAACUUUUUGUGGAGGAUGCGAGAGCCUCCCUGGGCAUCUGCAAUGCUGCUGAUGUCAUGAACCGCUGCACUGGUGCAGGUGCCCUUCCCUGGCAGGGAGGAGGGACAGGGCUGUGACAGAGCUGGGUGAGCAGCUGGAACCUCCUCAGAGCUGCUCCAGAGUGAUUCCAAACCCAUUGUUGGAGCAGGGAACUUUGGGUUAGGAGCACAGGAAAGGUGUUGUUAUUUUAUAAAUUUAUAAUAAUCUGCCUGCUCAGAUGGCUGCUCCUCUGAAAAUGCUGUUUGUGGUGCAGAUGGGUCCCUCACAGAUAGAACUGAGCUGACUCUCAGGAUCAGAGAAAGGGAGAGCCGUGGUGUUGUCAAUGUAUCAGGAGGGUUUAACUUCCAGAAAAGCCAGGGGGGUUCAUGCACUGGAGAACGGGGCUGGAGCAGAAGCCCCACUGCAGGGGCUGCUGUGGGUCAGGGGAUCCCUUUGGGAGCUCCCUGUGGGGCAGGAUCAGCACUGCCAUUCCCCGUGGAGCUGAGAGAAUCGGGGACACAGCAGCAAUCCCCUGGUUUGGAACUGCACCCAGCACUGGGCCUGCAGUUAUUCCAGUCAGAACUGGUUCAUUCACAUCCCUCCCCACUAAUUCAAUGGGAAGGAAUUAUUUUCCCAGGAACGUCACACCAGGAUUGCUGCCCACCUUUGGGGUGUUGUGUUCAGGAGUUUAAUGCUGCUGCUGCUGGCAUUGAUAUAAUUUUGAUAUCAAAUGCGUUUUUACAAAAGCUUUGGAUACUCGUUUUUACUGUUGGACCAAUGUUCUGACUAUGCUGAUGCUCUGUGGAGUUUCACUGGCAUUUUCCAAGUGUUUUGUACAGUUUCUACAGCUGAAUAUCCUGUAUGUUCUGCUUUGUUGUUUUUUAUUAUGGUUUAUACUGCACUGCAGGCAAGGACUGCAUUAAAACCAUUUUUGGCUAAUUCAUUA